GUGACGCAUCGGCGAUCCGUGGGGUUGGUUUUCUUAUGUUCGUGUUUUCCCAUUUCAUUAGUAAAAUUAUUGUUUAGGCAAAUAAAUACAAGAUUGGCAUUUAAUACAUUAAAUUCUAAGUAAGUGCCUAAUUGCCAACGUUUACUUGUGCUGUGAUUAGAUCUAAUAAAUAGGCGUUUGUGAAAUUUAGGGCGUGGGAAGACCGGCUCGAAACUUGCAAGAUGUGGAAAGCAACCACGGACAUCAAGCCUCCCGCUCCAGAGGAGGCAGACGAAUGGGAGACCGACCCGGACUUUAUUAACGAUGUCACGGAGCAGGAACAGAGGUGGGGGCCUGCAGGACGCAACGUUGAGGCUAUUGAUAUGGCGAAGCUACGCGAAGAAGUGUUGGAAUCUGACAAGUUAGAAAAACAGAAGAGAUAUGAACAAGGACCCAAACCUUCAUAUGGUUAUGGCGGCAAGUUUGGCGUUCAGAGUGACCGCAUGGACAAGUCUGCUGUUGGUCACGACUACGUAGGGAAAACUGAGAAACACGUCUCGCAGAAGGAUUAUGCUCAGGGUUUCGGCGGUAAAUUCGGCGUGCAAACAGACAGGAUGGACAAAUCCGCGGUCGGUCAUGAGUAUGUGGCCUCGGUUGAGAAGCACGCUUCACAGACUGAUCAUUCGAGAGGUUUCGGAGGAAAGUUCGGCGUGCAGACAGACAGAGUUGAUAAGAGCGCAGCGGGCUGGGAACACAAGGAACAGGUAGAGAAACAUCCGUCUCAGAAGGACUAUUCGGUCGGUUUCGGCGGUAAAUUCGGCGUACAGACAGACAGGAAGGACGCCUCGGCGGUCGGCUGGGACCACAAGGAGGACGCUCAGCAUCAUCACUCGCAGAAAGACUACGCGCUGGGUUUCGGCGGUAAGUUCGGCGUGCAGACAGACAGACAGGACGCGUCCGCAGUCGGCUGGGAGCAUCACGAGAAGACGCCGGCGCACGCUAGUCAAGUCGACCACAAGAAGGGUUUCGGCGGUAAGUUCGGCAUCGAAUCGGACAGGGUGGACAAAUCCGCUCACCGUUUCGAUGAGGUGGAGAAAGUGGGCACCAACUACAUCAAACAGAAGCCGGACAUCGGUGGCGCCAAGCCCUCCACCAUCAGAGCCAAGUUUGAGAACAUGGCUAAAGAGAAGGAACAGGUGGAGAAAGUAGGUGGCUUCAACAAGCAGAGGUCCAACGUCAGUGGAGCUAAACCUUCGUCUAUUGGCGCUAAAUUUGAGAACAUGGCUAGAGAGAAAGAACAGGAGGCGCUAGAAUCAGUACAAAAAAUAAGACAGCAGAGAGAACAGAUGGACAAAAAACUUUCAGAAAAGGAGAAAGAACGUCUUGCGCAAGAGUCGCAAGUACAAGAGCCGCCGCCGCCCGCACAUUCCAAGGCGGAGGUGCCCGCUGAAGUUGAAGUGACGAAGUCCAAAGAAGUGGAACCUCCGAAGGAGGAGCAGCAGCCGAACUUGCCCGACGUCACCCUGGUCGGAGAACCCAAAGAGGAUAGGGAAGAGUUGUCCCGGCAGCCCACGAUCGUGGUGUCCCCCGUGGGCUGGGAGGGCGAGGCGGGCGGGGAGCAGGAGGAGGACGAGGAGUGCUACACUGCGCGUGCGCUGUACGACUACCAGGCGGCCGCGCCCGACGAGAUAUCCUUUGACCCCGAUGACCUCAUCACCAAUAUCGUCAUGAUCGACGAAGGUUGGUGGCAGGGCCUCUGCAAAGGCGCAUACGGCCUGUUCCCAGCCAACUACGUGCAGUUGCAAGAUAAGUGAACGAAUUCCUACGUAGAGAGAUGUAUAGUGUAGACAAUAUAUAAUAUGUAGUAGCCGUGCCGUGUGGUUCCCGGCACCAAUAAAAAAAAAAUAAAGAAUACGACCACUCCAUCUCGUUCCCAUGGAUGUCGUAAAAGGCGACUAAGGGAUAGGCUUAUUAUAAACUUGGGAUUCUUCUUUUAGGCGAUGGGCUAGCAACCUGUCACUAUUUGAAUCUCAAUUCUAUCAUUAAGUCAAACAGCUGAACGUGGCCUAUCAGUCUUUUCAAGAAUGUUGGCUCUGUCUACCCCGUAAGGGAUAAAGACGUGAUCAUAUGUAUGUAGUAGACUUAUUUGUAUUUUGCUAUGGUCUAUUCGUUUCGGUAAAUUGUGAUAGUGCGACGUAAAUCAUACUGCAACAUUUUGUUGAAAAUACAUUGAUAGAUUUAUCAAUUUUAUACAUACAUACAUAUAGUCACGUCUAUAUCCCUUACGGGGUAGACAGAGCCAAUAGUCCCGAAAAGACUGAAUGGCCACAUUCAGCUGCUCGGCUUAGUGAUGGAAUUGAGAUCCAGAACGCCAUCGCCUAAAAAAAAGAAUCACAAGUAUGUAAGCCUAUCCCUUAGUCGCCUUUUACGACAUCCAUGGGAAAGAAAUGGAGUGGUCCUCUGAUUCUUUUUUGUAUUGGUGCCGGGAAUCACACGGCACCUAACAAUUUUAUCAUUAAGUCAAAUAGCGGAACGUAGCCAUUCAGUAUUUUCAAGACUGUUGGCUCCGUCUACCCCUCAAGGGAUAUAGACGUGACCAUAUGUAUGUAUGUAUGUACAUAGAUAGAUAGAUAAACUCUUUAUUGCACCAUAAAAAAUGAAAAACAGAAAAAAAGAACCACAAGUCAUGAGGUACAUAGGCGGACUUAUCGCUAAAGCAAUCUCUUCCAGUCAACCUUAGGGUCGGAGGAACGCAUAAUACAUACAUAUAGACACGUCUACAUCCCCUGCAGAGUAGACAGAACCUACAGUCCCGAAAAGACUGAGGGGCGAUGUUUGUAUGUCUAAUGUAAUUCCGAUUCAAAUAGUGACAUGGUUGCUGGCUCAUCGCCUGCAAAAGGAAUCCCAAGCUUAUCCCUUAGUCGCCGUUUACGACACCCUAUGGAGUGGUUCUAUACUACAUAAGUACCGGAAACCACACGGCACAGAUGUCGCUAUGAAAUACUUUUUUUUCUUGAAUUUUUUUUUUUAUUAUUAAUUUGUAAAUUAUUUAACUUUAUUUAAAUACGUUAACGAAUGGACUAUAGUAAAUAUUUCUGGGACGGUAAAAAUACUAUACAAUGAGUUCUAUUUAAGGUUGAUAAGGAUAUUAAAAAAAUUGAUUAUUUUAAUUUAAUGACGUAAUAUUUAUCAAAAUACGGCAACCAAAAUUAUUCAACAAUUUUACAAUAUUAAUGAAAUAAUAUUAAAAUUCGUUUGUAAGGAUAUCUUCCAUACUAUAAUCAUAGGUCUAUAUACUAUAAAAUUAUUUGAAUAUAUGUUUGGCAUUUAGCUAGAAUAUUAAAUUUGAAAUCAUAUUUUGAAUAUAAUGGGAAGUGGGUUAAAUUAUCACCAUUUUUUUUUCUUCAAAGCUUACAUCGGAACUUUCUUAAUAAAAAAAAAACUUUUUUUAUUGUACGUUUUUAUGUGUCGAAAAAAUAAAAUAUUGUCUUUAAUGGUUGUGCAACUUUUAAAAGUGUAUAGACCUGUAGACAAGUGUUAGACAGGACAUAUGUUUAACAGAUGAUACUAUAAUUUAUAUCUAUUAGCUUUUUUAAUUACUACAUUAGUAUGUAAAUAUUUGUAUUGUGUACGCAAAUUAUUACAAAGUUUUCAAUGUGCCGAUCAAUUUUAUAACAAACUGACCGUGUGGAAUAGAGUCAGCAUUUAUUUUCAAAUUCAAUGUCAACUGCCAAUAUGAUUUAAUGUCUCAGUUAGAAAAAUAAACAAUACUAAAUCAGUAACUAGUAUAGCACAUUCUCAUAUUCUCACGUCGUAGACAGAACUUGACCUGCGAAUGGUACGCACGACGCCAUUUUUAUCGCGCGAAAAACUAUCGCUAUCCAGUUUCCGCUUAUAAAAAGCGAAACAGCGAGAUUUUCGCGUGUGGAUCUAUACGCCACAAGUCAUAAAAUCACGCGACGCUAUCAGUCUAUCAAAAUCAGCGAAAAGUUUAAAUCGCGCAACCAAAGAUUUCACGGAUUGUACAUGAAAUAUAACGGAGUAUACCUGAAACUUAAAAGUUUAAGUUGUUAAUAUCAAAAGUAAAUGUUUUGCAAAGAAAACCAUAUUAUUGAAGUAAAGCGGCUAAAAUGAGAAAAUCUAGCACUUGGUUUUCUGAAUCAAUUUAUAUUAGAAAAUAAUGUGACAGUUCAGAGCGGAUUGGUUUUACUGCCGCGGACGAAAGCUAAGUAAAUGCUUUAUGCGUUUAUAAAACUCAGGUAUUGUCUAUCCCAUCAGAGAUAGACAUGAAAACAUUUAAGUUAGUAUUAAUAUUUAAUUUAUAUAUAUAUAUAUAUAUAUAUAUAUAUAUAUAUAUAUACAUAUUUGAUAUUUGGAUCCUGAGGAACCUGAAGCUGAGCGUUGUUUAUCAGUCUUUUCAACAGUUGGCUCUGUCUACCCCACAAGAGAUACAUUACAGACGUGAUUAUAUGUAGGUAUGUAUGUUGGCAUAUUUGAGUCUGGUCACUUGAAUAAAUAGUUUUUCAUUUAUUCAUUCAUUCGAAAGUUGAUUUUUUAUUAGCACGUAAGCAACGUACUUAUGAUGAUUAAUAUGAAUUGUAAUGGAACCUCAAAGUUGUGGAAUUAAUGAAUUGAUUAUAUGUAGUUGCCUAACGCUAGACGUACCUAGUAUUUACUAAGUAAAUUUAGCUAAAGCACCUAGUAUUUACCAAGUUAUUUGAAGAAAUAACGCGGUAUAUUUGAUUCCUUAUAAUAAAGUAUAAAAGUUCUAACAUAACUUUAGGAAUUAUUUUUCUAUGGAAUAUUGACUAUAUAUGUAUAUUAUGUAGCAUGGAUUUUUGUGCUUGACUGUACUUUCAACAAAUUUAUUGUUAUUCGCGUUGCAUUAUACUAUUUAUGAAUAAUAAAGGUAUUAAUCGUCCGAGAUGAAAUUAAGGUACCUACGUGACAUGCGCCUUUAAUACCUGUUUUAUUUAUAAAAAGUAUUAAAUUAAUUUUUUUAAGUCCAAAAUUAAAGGAAAACGAAAUACUUUUUUUGAAUUGAAUUGUUCUUAAUUUUUUUAUAGAAAAGGAAAGUUUUCUCUAUUUUAUCUUAAAUAAACAUAUAAAUUACGACUGAUUUAUGAAAGUAUUUGAAUUAUAAUUUAUUUGCGUUUAAUUUUUGACUAUAAAGAUAAGUCUGAAGCUAUGUUUUUUUAUAACCUAAAAUUGUAUUAUUAUUUCCAAUCAUAUCGUUUAAUAUAGUCAUAAUCAUGAAGACAUCAUUAUAUUUUGUAUGAUAUGGUCAUAGUUUAUUUUAAUGCCUCGUAAAUAAAUUUGAAAUUUAAUGAGAGUAUUAAUUGUUUUGUAUGUUACGAUUACAUGCUUUGACUAUAUAUUCUUUUUAUAAACUUUACUGAAAUAGUGUCAGAGAUACGAAGAUCAUAAACAAAUUUUUAUCCUGUGUAAAUUGUGUUUUCAAAGACAAUUUAUGAUUUAUCAAUUCGUUUGUAAAAAUAUAACUUCGUAUAAGUAUGAAUUACAAUUUUUGCUAAAUGCCCCCCACCUAUUAUCAUGAAAUGUUGAGAUUUUUAUAAGCUCUAAGCCACUUUUCGCCUCCAUUUGAUAAGUGGGUUAAUGGAAUCAAUUAGAUAAGAAUCGAUCACAGAUAAUGUUCAGUCAUUUUAAUCUAUGGAUUUAGAUAAUUUCAUUCAUAAUGGUUUGGCAACUAACUACCUAUCACGUUUACCUAGUAAUGCAAGUAUUGUAAAUAUAAUAAUCCCUUCUGGGGAAAAGUCCGCUAUUGCGUAUUAUUGUUAUUUAACAAACAUAACACUUUGAUAUGCUGUUACGAAAAAAAUAUUACAAUGAAAGGAACGAAGUGACUUACAAUUAGUUUUUUUUUUUGGAAACAUAUCACUCUGUUAAAUGUAUGUUUUUUUUGUAAUUUCCUUUCUUUUAUUUAUAUAUUUUCCACUCCAAGUUUACCUUCUGGUAUUCUGGGACUACAGUGGCCUGAAUCUAUCGUCAAGUAUUGAUUCUACUGUAAUAUAUUAAAAUUGGUUUAACCUUUAAUAAAUUAUCAAGAAAUUAAAAAUUGUUAUUUUCAAUACAAGUAUAAAAAUUUUCCUGAAAUAUUAUAAUGAAUUGUGUACGAGUAUAAACGAUGGUUGUAUUAAUCUUGUUUUCUCUAAUGAACCAAAGCAUGUAACGGUGAAAAGUGGCAUAUUGAUAUAAGCAUGUUAUAGUCUAAUAACGUAAGGCAUAAAAUGCCGCACUGUUUUAUAUAAAACAAUGUUUAUAAAAUAAAUAAAUGAUUAUUUUCUAGUGA